AUGUGGAGUUCGUUGUGGCAUUUUUUCAGAGAGAACCACUGCGAGAUCGAACGACGACGGCGGAACAAGAUGACCGCGUACAUCACGGAACUAUCCGACAUGGUCCCCACAUGCUCAGCACUUGCCAGGAAGCCAGACAAACUCACAAUACUCCGGAUGGCUGUUGCUCACAUGAAGGCCUUGAGAGGCACUGGGAACUCGGGCCCAGAUGGAUCUUUCAAGCCAUCCUUCCUAACUGACCAGGAACUGAAGCAUUUGAUUUUGGAAGCGGCCGACGGGUUUUUGUUCGUCGUAGGCUGCGAGAAUGGGCGCCUAAUCUACGUGUCGGACUCGGUCACCCCUGUGCUCCAUUACACCCAGGGCGAAAUGUUUGGGUCUUGCUUGUUUGAUUACCUGCACCCAGAGGAUGUGGAUAAGGUGCGAGAGCAGCUAUCUACGCAGGAGUCGGGGACUCCCGGCCGUGUCCUCGACCUCAAGACCGGCACUGUCAAGAAGGAAGGCCAACAGUCAUCGAUGCGACUGUGCAUGGGCCCAAGGCGGAGUUUCAUCUGUCGAAUGCGACUGGGCAAUGCGCAGCCUGAUGCCCUGGGUUCCAGCACACAUCUCCAGCGCAUCCGGCAGCGAAAUGCCCUGGGGCCGUCCAUGGAUGGGAACAGUUAUGCUGUUGUCCACUCUACUGGCUACGUCAAGAACUGGCCACCAACAAGUGACAGAGGUCCGGGUGAAGAGGACCCGAGCAACUCCCAUUGCUGUUUAGUUGCCAUUGGCCGACUCCAGGUCACAUCCACGCCCAAUACGAACGACUUGGUUGGAUCAGCUGCUGCAAAUGAGUUUAUCAGUCGACACGGUGUUGAUGGAAAGUUCAGUUUCACGGACCAGCGUGUCGUGGGCUUGCUCGGUUAUUCGCCACCGGAGUUGCUGGGCAAGUUGUUAUUUGAGUUGGUGCACCCGGAGGAGCAGUCUCACAUCAAGGAUUCUUUCGAACAAGUGGUGAAGCUGAAGGGCCAGGUCAUGUCUCUAAUGUACCGGUUUCGUGCCAAGAACCGCGACUGGGUCUGGUUGCGUACUUCGGCUUUUGCAUUCCUCAAUCCAUACACGGAUGACACAGAGUACAUCGUGUGCACCAAUAGCACUGCCAAAAGCUUGCACCCAGGAGGUGAUGGGACCGGGGUGGACCAAGGGCCACAGACAGACAUGAGUACAAGUCAGUAUGGGCAGCCGGGACUGGACUACAGCUUGCACCGGAUGACCCAGCCGCAAUACAUGCUGGGUGGCCAUGGGCAUGGACAGGUGCAACCUCCAAGUGCUGGCCAGCAGCAGCCAAGCUACAGGGGUUAUGACGCAGCAUCUGUGGCUGCCGCUGCUGCCGCCACCACGUCUUCACAAUCUCCUUUAGGGUUCUCCUCUCCAAGCGGUGGUCCAUCGCGGCUAACAAAGCCAGGGACGCCACCAACACCAACGCAGCCCCAGGGCUCAUGGUCACAGGUCCAGAUGAGGCCAAAUGGCGGUGGUGGCUAUCCAGGCUAUAGUGGGAUUUCCCCAUCCCGGUCGCCAUCAGCUGCUGCAGCCACCACAGCAGCAGGUCCCACAUACACCCAGCUCAGUAAUCCGUCAUCAGCUGCUGGGUCCCCGUCUGUUGGGUCCAGUCGGGGCUCCUACCUUGCCUCUGCUUCAGCCUCCUCAGGCAUGUGGUCGUGGCAGGGCGGCGCCACUCAGGGAGAAGGUUCACCAGCAGGUGGUGUAAGUGCCGUUUCCGGUGGUCCAGGAGGAGGUAAUGCAGGUGGCAGUGGUGCCGCAUUGAGUGGAGCUGUGACGGGUCCACCACCACAUGCCCAUGCGGGCCACUCGCAUCCACCCUCCAGCAAUCACGAACUAUCUGACAUGAUGCAGCUGCUGGACCACAGCAGUGCAACUCCAUUUGAAGAGCUCAACAUGUUCAACACAAACUUUGAAUAACUGGGACGAGUUACAGUUUAUUUGCUGCCCAUCCACAUACCUGCCAACAACCCUGUGCUGAGCUAACAACCAGUACAAAUUGCUUUGCUUAUGCUUUCUUUUGUUUGUUGAAUUGCAAGCAUUGAUUUUAAUUUUUUUUUGUAUCCGCUGGUGACUUUGGCCGGUUUGUAUUUCUAGCAAUCUUUUUGUCUCUGCUCUUCGUUGAACGAAAAAGGUUAGUUUCGAGGGCAUUUUCCCGCAUUUCAAGUACUGUACCUUUAUCGUACCUGUUGGUGUGCCUUACAAUUGAGGCUCUGAAUAAUCUCUUAUUUCACGGUUGAUAUGGCAAGUGUUGUCAAAUGAUACAUUCCGCUUUGACUGGAUACAGGCCCUACCUCUUCUUCCUUACAUCCUUAUCGGGGCUCUGUCCAGUUCAUUGGUAGCUUGAAGACGAAUCUGUCAAAGUUUCACUUUUGAGAUCCUUACUUCUUCAAAGGACGGAUAACUUAUUGGGCUAAUUUCUAACUCUAUGGAUUCUUGGCUCACUCAUGAAGAGCGGAGGUAAGCGGAAAGUGCAUCACGUUGUGAUCACGGAUGCUGUGGGAAGAGAUGAUGCUCUGUCGAUAAUUGGAAAAACGACUUCCCUAUUAUAUAGUUUUUCACAUAUUUCGGGUGACUUGGUGAGGCACUUGACCCAUGAUUUUGCGUAGAAUUUUUCAAGUUCAUACUUGAGUGGAUGAUCAAGUAUUGUUCUGUAGCCGUGUCGUAUGUUUCCAUAAAAAAACUUAACAUUUUUUUUUGGCUGACUCAUGCUCUCGCGUUGUUUGUCCAAGGCUGUACAAAAAUGUGUCAUAUAGCAUUGUGCUUGUAACAAUUAAAAUUGUGCUCGUAGCAGAUUUGCCGAACUGUUGACCACAGAGAUUCAAAAGUUGUAAAGUCCGUGUUAAUGGGUAACUUUAUCUUCGCAUGGAGCAUGGGAGGCCAUUAAUGACUAAAUUAUCUUCAGAAUUAUUCAAACAUCCCUAUUGGUUCUCUGUUUUAAUUUUUUGACGAAUGCCAAAAAUCACAGUGAGGAUAUCUUGCAAGAGUCGGCCAGAAAUGCGUGAGCCCAGAAUUAUCAAGCGGACUUCACGUAACAUUAUGUAAUGAUAUUACCGUGGAUGACAUUAUAUUGAUGUUAGAUGUUGGUUGCACUGCAAGCUUGGAAGUACAAUAGGCAUGUGAGCAUGAGAUAUUGGUUAAUCCCGGCUCUUGCGUUUCCUCUGUUCUCUCCAAAAAAAUAUGAUUGAUCUCGAGAACAUCAGCUAGCAUUUGCGUUCUUGGAUUCAUUAAAAAGUUUCAAUCGUCAGCGUUCAGAUGUGAAACCAUUUCCAGUAUGAGGCGAAGGAUUUGGGGAGGAGAGCCACGCUAUGAAACUAUGAAGGCGGGUUUCUCUCAUUUCAUGAUGUGGUUGUUCUGCGGCGGGAUUGACUCUGGAACCCGGGUUCUGAAUGUCUGUUGGUUGGCAAGGCAACAGUGAGGAUUUCUCCACAAAUCAAAAGGGCAGGAAUGGAUGGAUGAUAGGAAAGAGAGAGAGGUAGAUUGAGGAUCAGCUCCCUAUACUUGGACCUAUUUUUAAUGGAACAAAUUUGCGUCAAUUGGAAUAAGGUGUAAGUACAUGUGUGGGUGUCAGCAAAUGUUCAAGUCGUGGAAAGCACGGAAGUAAUUGUGGGGUUGAGAGUGGAUUUCUACAUCAGAAGGAAUUUUUUUCUAGAUGAAUGCAAGAUGCCCGUAGAAGGAUGUUUUUUUUUUUUCUUCCCUGUGAAGAUUGCGUUGUGAUCACCGUCAUAUCACUCAGGCAACUCGAUUUUCUUCACCUCUCGGCUUUUUUUUUUCUCCAUAACCUUGACGGAAGAUGACCAUGUUAUGUUGUUCGAAGAGAUGUUCUGAGUGACUUUGUUGCCGGCGUUUGCAACACACAUGUUCUGCAGAUGGAGAUCUGUAUGAAGAAUGGAUUGUGAAUAAUAUAUCAAAUUAUAAGAAGCG